AAGAGAGAGAGAGAGAGAGAGAGAAGGGCACCAGAGAAAAUGGCAAGGCAAGCCACCAAGCUCCUCGUUUCCUUGGCUUCGAAGUUCCGCACCCCUAAAUCCGUUUCUUCUAAUUCUCUUUCUUCUUGUUCAUCAUCUCAAUCUCGCAAUUUCGCCGCCGCUCCUCCACCGCCGCCGGCAUGUUUCGUGGAUAAAAGCACUCGGGUCAUCUGUCAAGGGAUUACAGGGAAAAAUGGAACCUUUCACACGGAACAGGCCAUUGAAUACGGCACCAAGAUGGUUGGUGGAGUGACACCAAAGAAAGGUGGAACAGAACAUUUAGGUCUUCCUGUUUUCAACACAGUUGCUGAAGCAAAAGCUGAAACAAAAGCAAACGCAUCUGUUAUCUAUGUCCCUCCACCAUUUGCAGCUGCAGCUAUUAUGGAAGCUUUGGAUGCUGAGUUGGACCUGGUGGUGUGCAUAACAGAGGGAAUACCUCAACAUGACAUGGUUAGAGUGAAGGCAGCUUUUAACAAGCAAUCGAAGACCCGGCUGAUUGGCCCUAACUGCCCUGGCAUUAUCAAACCAGGUGAAUGUAAAAUUGGAAUUAUGCCUGGGUACAUUCACAAACCUGGUCGUGUGGGGAUUGUGUCCCGUUCUGGGACCUUGACAUAUGAAGCGGUUUUCCAAACAACUGCAGUUGGCCUAGGCCAAUCUACCUGUGUAGGUAUUGGUGGUGACCCAUUUAAUGGGACAAAUUUUGUUGAUUGCAUGGAGAAGUUCCUCAAAGAUCCUCAGACUGAAGGCGUUGUUCUUAUUGGGGAAAUCGGAGGAACUGCAGAAGAGGAUGCCGCUGCCUUAAUCAAGGAAAGUGGUACUGAGAAGCCUAUCGUGGCAUUUAUUGCUGGACUUACUGCUCCACCUGGACGUCGUAUGGGUCAUGCUGGAGCUAUUGUGUCAGGUGGAAAGGGUACAGCUCAAGACAAAAUAAAGACCCUAAGGGAAGCUGGGGUGACAGUCGUGGAGUCCCCUGCAAAAAUCGGAGUCACCAUGCUCGAGUCCUUCAAACAACGGGGUUUAGUGAGUUAGUUUAGUCAGAUCAAUCUUGUUCCAUUUUUUUGGGGAUUUCCUUUUGACAAAUUUUGGAAACAUUACGAUGCCCCUUUUUGUUUCUAUUUCUUUUGUUGUUCUUGGGGUUGUAGUACUCGACAUAAAUCACCCAUGCUUCGAGUGUAAACACAGUUUUGCAGGUCCAUUUUUCCUUUUUCACCUGCUGGGUGACACAAAAUGUUAAUUAUUUUUCAUUGAUAAAAGAUUUCAUUUUCAGUUGAUUAA